UUGUAUCAUCAUAAACACAAAAUAUGGAAUACAAAAGACAGGUUAUAGAGCUAAUGACUCUCAUUUUGGUUUUCUUAGCUACAAAUCCAGUGCAAUCCUUAAGAUUAAUAUCACCUAGUCAUCAAGAAAGAAUGCUUGCAAAUUCCAUUAAUAAAUCUGUUGUCAUGAGUUUUCAGACAAGUUAUGGUGAUAUAUUCGACUGUGUGGAAAUUUAUAAGCAACCCGCUUUUGAUCAUCCUCUUCUGAGACAUCAUUCUAUACAGAUGGAACCUUCGGUAAACAUUACAAAACUUAUAAAUCGUGCAGAAAAAAAGACAACAACACAGGUUAUACCAAAUAAUGUGGAGUGUCCUUUAGGAAGUGUUCCCAUUAAAAGGGUUCCAAAGCAAGAUUUGUUACAAACAAAAUCCUUAGUCAUGGAUGGAGACGAAGAACUUGAACAAAUCGCAGCUCUUCUAGUGCCCGCAAACAUUUCGGAAAUUCACGGAAGAUUAAAUGUCUGGCAACCAAAUGCACAAAUGAAGCAAUUUAGUGCGGCUUAUAUUUAUGCUGCAAGUCAAGAUGGAUCUGUUAGCAACAUUGUGUCUGUCGGUUGGGCUGUGAAUACAUAUGAUUAUACAGAAAACUAUACGCGACUAUUUGGAUUUUGGACGAAAGACAGUGAGAAGACUUCUGGUUGUAUUGACGUACGAUGUCCAGGGUUUGUACAAGUUAGUCGAAAAAUUACUCUUGGGAUGAGAAUACAAGAAGUUUCAACUUAUGACGGACCCCAACAUGACAUUGUACUUGACUUAGCCCAGGAUCAUUCAACAAGAAAUUGGUGGGUUACGUUCGGAACAGAAAAGGUGGGAUACUAUCCCAAGGAGCUGUUCACAACCUUAGUUAAUGGAGGAACUAGAGGUGGAUGGGGAGGUCAAGUUAACACACCACCAAACGAGUCUUAUCCAGCAUUAGGAAGUGGUCAUUUCCCGAAUGAAGGAUUCCAAAAAAGCUGUUAUAUAAGUGACAUGAAAAUGGUUGACAUUUCUGGAAAACUAAUUGAUCCUGACCAGACGAAACUUAAAGAAUACAAUACAAAACCUGAGUGUUUUAAAGUUUCUUAUAUUGGAUAUUCUGAUCCUGGUUUAGGAAAUCAUAUGUUUUUAGGUGGGCCCCCUACUUGUAAGCCAUAAGAUUUCUUGAGAAAAUAAUGUAUUUGAUGAAUCUAUAUGUAUAAACAAGCUAUGAAUCGGGUUGAGUCACAU